ACCUCCGGAGCUACGGGCACCUGGUACCUUCUCGCUUCCUGUACUCGUAUCUACAAGUACAACUUUUUAGUUUCAACCUCACCCACUCGUGUCGUACUUGCACUUGCACUUGCACGUUCGUUGGUUCCAUUGUGAAUUGGUCAUGCUUACAUGAACCCUCCUCCUAGCCUCGCAUGCAGCUGGUUGUCUGGUCAUUUUCCUUGAUAAAGUUCCGAAUCGCCGUAUGAGGCGGUACUUUUGGGUUUUGUCGAGUCUGAGUCUGAGUUUGACUAUUCUUAUGGUGGCGAUUGCUCUGGCAUCGGUUCUGAGAAGCCAUAUCACCGGUCUUGCCGCGUCAAUGUUGAACGUUGCGUAUAGUCUCUCGGGGAAUUUACCUGGUGUUUUCGGUCGGCAAAAGGCGGCGUUGGCGUUCUAUUCGAGUUCGAGUUCGGGGCUGUCCACUGCAGCUACAACUGCAUUUGCACCAACGUCGCUAUCGACCGCGUCAAGAAUAUCGCAAGCGCAGGUUUCGUCGAGUGGCGCUGAGAGGUCGAGCAAGUCGAUCUCGACAAUGACCACGCCCGAACAAAACGGCGCCAUGCCGGAACCACCGCUAGACAGCACGCAGGCGGCAAAACAGCCUGAGCUGCCGAAACUCUCGGCUGAGCAGUUUCGAGUGUACAAUCGGCUGGCUGUUAUGAUGAAUCAGUAUCACAACCAUUUCCGGUAUACCUGGAACAUGCUGUACAAGACCUGCACAUCCGGCAGCCGGCCAGCGAGUAUGUCGAUCCGGGGCUUCAUCUCCCAGGGCCUGCAUCUGUGCCAGGCACUCACGAUCCACCACACGAUUGAGGAACGACAUGUGUUUCCCGAGCUCGCCGAACGGAUGCCGCUCUUCCGCGAGAACGAUCAUCUGAUCGCGCAGCAUGAACUGAUCCAUGAAGGCCUGGUCAAGAUGGAGAAUUACUUGGACGCUUGUCGGACCGGAGAGAGGGAGUUGAGGCUCCCCGAGUUGAAGGAAGUGAUGGAUAGUUUCGGUGAGGUGCUGUGGACACAUCUGGAUGAUGAGGUCGAGCAGUUGGGCGCGGAGAACAUGAGGAAGUAUUGGACUAAGGAGGAGAUAUUGUCGAUGAACUGGUAGAUUUCUGGUCAAUUGUUGGGCUACGCCAAGGAGUCAUGGCAGUGGGUUGGGUUCCGAUCAUAUGCUGAGCGGAGAUAUCGUUGCCUAGAGGGCGCGAUCCUGUUGUCAAGGCGUUUGGUAGAUAUGUUUUAGAUCUUAAGAAUGAUACACUUUGGCUCGGCUAGUCGGCCCAGACGAGAGCUGGC